AUGGCACAGCCACCGCCCCCGCAGAUUCCUCAGCAUGUCUCGGCGUUGCUUUCACACCUGACCUCGCGCCCCGGCGUCCAGUCAACGCUGAUUCUCUCACGCAAAGACGGCUCGAUUAUACAAAGCACCGGCCUGCUGGCGGCAAACACAGGGUCGACAGGAAACGGGAAUGGGAAUGGAAACGCAAAUUCAAACCUGCCAGCAUCGCGCACAAACAGCGGCAGUAUCUCGACGACAGAGAACCCUGCUAGUGGUGUAGCAGCAGCUACAGCUGGGUCCCCGGAGACUAUCGCACAAGACAACAGUAACAAUGCUACAACGCUAGUAAAGAGCCCGUACAAACCGACCCAGGCGGAAGCACUUGCGGCGCAUAUCCAUGCAUUCACGACGAGUGCGUCUGGCGUGACACUGGCCUUGUCAGGCUCUACGUCGGCCGCGCAGAUUGGACAUGAAUCGCGACCUAGUGUCAACGGGGUGGCAGACAGCACAGCAGACGACCAAGACAAGGACAACGAGCGCGAUGAGGACGAUGAGAUAAAGCUGCUGCGACUACGGACUAAGAAGCACGAGAUUGUGGUGGUGCCGGACCGCAAGUACUUGCUGUGUGUGGUGCAUGAUGCUUCUGGUGCUUCUGCCCCUGCGGGAGCGUCUAGAUAA